AUCAAUACGCAUUAUUAAAAUUAUUAUUUCGCAAUCAUAUACAUAUAAAAAUAAUGACUAGUUAAUGCGUAUCUGUGCAAUCGGAUAUUUUCACUUUUUAUUUAAUAUUAAUUCUAUUUAUAUACUGUUUAUGCCGCUUAAAGGAUAUGGAUCCAGAAAACACAAGGAAAGAAACAAUUGUAAAGGUAACGGAUUGGUUACGUGGAAUUUGGGAGAUGAGACGUCAAACUGGGCCUGUUCAACAAUGGAUAGAUUCAAUACCAUCACCUAUAAAGUCUAAUUUUUCAAUGAAAAAUGAUAACCAAGGAGAAUCAAGCAGUAAGAAACCUAAUAUUUCAUUGGCACUAACAGAGCCUAAGGACAUUCCAUAUUCUAUGAGAACAAAACAAUUAACUAUGACAGUGUCUGCGCCUAUUAAUGUUCCUAAUACAACAUCAAAUAAUACAACGAGAUUACCUAGCUCAUUGCCUCAUAAAUUGGUUCGGGAUCCAAGUCUACAAUCUGAUAGCAGUCAUUGUAGUAGUGUAGAAAGCUUGUUAGAGCUAAGAAAAGCAGAUCCAGAAGCAAUUUUGCUAGGCCUUGGAUUUGGUGGUUGCUCGAGCAGUCCACAAGAGAAUGGUUCCUUUUCUCGUAUACCAAAAAGAUUUCUUCAACCAUCGAAAUUAAAAGGCAUAGCUAUUAAUGAUUUUAUGAAGCAGCAACAGGAAACUAGUGAAUCCUUUGAUUCUGUAUCUCUCGGAUAUAGAGGUUUGACAGGCUCACCGUAUGUAGCGCCAUCGGAAAUUGUGCAAAAGAUUAUGCAGCGUUUACGAGAGCAUGAGAGUCAUGAACACGAUCCAUAUGCAGUGUAUAAUUCGUAUGAACAAUACAGUCCACUACAUUGUGGUGGUACACUUUCUGUGUUGUCUCCUGAUAGCAGACAAUUUUUGGAACGACCACGUUCAAAAAGUCCCGACAUGCGUAAUAAACGUAUGAUUAUUGGACAAAAGUCAUUUGCAUUUGGUCAUGAUGGUGAUCUAAUCGAAAUUGAUCCUACUAACGAAAAAAAGUCGUUCGAAAGUAUUCCAAGCAAUGAUUCUAACACUGUAGAAAAUUCAGGAGUAUCUAAUGAUUUAGUUGAUAAUAAUAAUGAAGUAUUUGAGCAAACACCUAUCCAGAAAAAAAUAUUACCAAAACGAUUAUUUUUUAACGAUAGUACGGAACUUAACGAUACCGAUGUUUCUUUAUCAGUAAAAGUUUUUGAAGAAAGCGAAGACCAGCAAAAUGAAAAUUUGAAUAAAAAUACUGACUACAAAGAUGAUAUGUUUCCAAACACAGUUUCAGAAAAUGUGUCUGAUAUUCGAAGAGCCAGUGAUGGAUUUUAUGAUAUGAAAGACGGGAAAAUAUCAAUGGUAAAUAAACGAAGACACAGCGAUGGCUUUGUGCAAACUACUGAGCAUGUUGACGACACUGUACUUGCUCGAAGGAGAAAAACUUUGAAGCGACAAUCUAGAAUAAGCGAUACAGAUGCGGUAAACUAUUGCAAUAUAAAUUUCAGCAAGUCUGAUACGGCGCAAUGCAUGGGGAUGAAAUGUAACAGGAAUAAAAAUUUACAUGAAGAAAGCGUUUCCACGAAAUUUCCAAGAUUAAAAAAUGAAACUAAAAAUUAUAACGUAAAUGAAUGUGCAGAGAAGUUACUUGAAGGAAUGUAUAAAUCAGCAGAAGAUAGUUUAAGUAAAAAUAAACAGGGAAAUAAAAAUGAAUGCUAUGUUGAGGAAACCAAGCUUGUAGAACAAGUGUGUAUAGAUAAAGGCGAAAAAACAACCUGUUGCUGUCAUUCUGGUACUAAAAAAUAUUGGAAGAAAAUGGAAAAAAUUAUUCAAGAAAAUAAAAAUUUGGAAAGUAUGGUGACAAAGAGCAGGAGAGAAAUGGCAGAAAUUCGAGAAAUGUUAAAUAAUGUGUUAUCUGUACGAUUAGAACCUGGUUUUUGACCUAAUUUAUGGGUUUAUGAAAACAUGUUUUCAUAUUCUUUAUGAUGUUAGGAUAUCUAAAACUUUUGAAGCAAUUUCGAUUGUAUAUUUUCAAAAGUAUUUCGCUCAUCACUUAAAGUGAUUCAUGAAGUUAUUUCAGGUGAUAAAUAUUAUAAUAGAUAUCAAUGCAGCAAGAAUGCAUUUUUGCUUAUAGCAAUUAUAUUUUAUUCUGUUUUUAGUUUCAAAUAAAGAUGUAAAUAUUGUUAUAUAAUUUAAAACUUUUAUUACUUAGUAAAUAUGGAUGAAAUAUCAAUAUUCAUUAUCUUAUAUAUUUACAAAUAACAUAUUGGUUCCAUUACUGUGAAAUAGUUUUAAUAUUUCGUUAUGUUUGAAAAUUAUUGCUAUUUUGUUAUUAUUUUUGUUAUUAUAUUUAAAUCAUAUUACAAUUUUGCUUGAUGCCGAGAGUUUAAUUGUAAUUUUAUAUUGAUAUAUAAAUCGUUUCUUUUUAUCCUUGUUCAACCAUAUAUAAUGUACAUGUAUACAUUCAAGUAUGAUUGAAAUGAUUUCUGACAUUUAAAUUUUAAUUAAAUUUUAAAAUUGUGCCAAUUAAACACUACAUAUUCUUUAGUGAAAAAAAAUUGAAAUUCUAAUCUCAUAUACUUUCGCAAUAAUAACGUGCUCCGAAUAUAUUACCAAAAAAAGAAAAUAAUGAUGAUAUCAGUAAUAGUAGCAGCCAUAAUAGUAGUGGUAAUUGCAAUAAUAAUAGCAACAAUAACAAGAAUAAAAACUCAAAUUCAAAGCUUUUUGAUAAACAUAUGCCACACACACAGACAUAUUUUUUCAAAGAUAUAAAUUAGUUUCAAAAUAAUUUACAACUUAUCACACAAGUUAGUACUAUAUCAGCGAAUGUUUGGGAAAAAGAAAAUUAAAAAAGAAGAUAAUUUCACUUUACUUGAAGAACUUACAAUCUUAUGCUCUUAAUUGAAUAUUCGAAUUUUCGUCUAAUCAAGAAUACAUAUAUGUAUAGACAAAAGAAAUAAACUUCUUCUUGAAAUCUUUUUAUAAUAGAAAAAGUUAUCGUGUAUAAUUAUUUUUAUAGAGUUAUAAUUUUAUAAGUUCGUUAAUUGUUUUUAAUGCUCAAGUAUUAUAUUAUAUACUUUUGUUAUUGUAAGUUGCUCGUAAUAUGAACUAAACAUAGUUUUAUUGGGGCUCUUUGCUAACAUUAACUACAUUUCAACACAUAGCCUUUGUAAUUAAGUUAGACAUAAUUACAAAAAUUAUAUUUACGUAUUAUUAAUCAAAACAUUUAAAGUACAAAUUAAAAUGGAAGUUACAGCAGGACUUAUUUAUAUACGUGUGUAUAUAUAAAUAUAAUAUAUAUACACACAUUUUUUCUUUAUCUAAUGUAUCAUUUAAUGAUUUAAAAUUUAUUAAACUCAUAAUGGAAAUUGUAUUCCUUAUUAUGUGCCUACAUUCCAAUAAAUUUAAUGUAUACAAAUUACAUAAACAGGGUAGGAGCUUUGUAGAAAAUAUGAAAUGUACAAAUAAUAUAGGAAUAUUGAAUAAAUAUUUGACACGAUUAA